AUGUCCGAAAAGAUGGGAUGCGUGGAUGCGGCGCCGUCCAAAGACCACAGCCACGACCCCGCGUCCGACUGCCUCUCGGCAGACGAGCUGAGCCCGGACGAGGACAAGAGAAUCCUGCGCAAAAUCGACAUGUGGGCCGUUCAACACAGCAUCCCGAACUGGGCCGGUUUUCUAACGCACAAGGCGCCGCCCAGCUUGCUGCCCGUCAUGGCCUUUUCCUACAUGUUCCAGUUCCUCGACAAGUCGGCCCUUGGCUUCACGGCCAUUAUGGGCCUGCGCGAGGAUCUGCGCCUCAGCGGGACCGACUUCUCGUGGGCAAGCGGCAUCUACUACUUUGGCUAUCUCAUUGCCUCGUAUCCCGCCGGCGUCAUCAUGGUCCGCUGGCGGGUAGGCAAGACAAUUGCCGCAGCCGUGGUCCUCUGGGGCGUCGUCCUCGUGCUCACGGCCACAACCACAAACGCAGCCGGCCUGCUGGCCGUCCGCUUCUUCCUCGGCGUCACCGAAGCGCCCAUCGCUCCCGGGCUGACCGUCGUCGUCGCCAUGUGGUACAAGCGCGCCGAGCAGCCGCUGCGACACGCGGCCUGGUAUCUCGGCAACACGACAGCCGGCAUCGUCGGCGGCCUCGCGGCCUACGGCAUCGGCCACAUCGAUGGCAUUGCAGCCUGGAAGGCCGUCUUCCUCAUCUUUGGGGGCACAACCGUGGCCUGGUCGGUGGGCAUCUUUUGGCUGCUCCCCGACGUCCCCAUGUCGGCCUGGUUUCUGACAAAGGCGGACCGCGCCAAGGCCGUUUCACGGGUGAGGGAUAACAUGACAGGCAUCAAGAAUAACGAGUUCAAGUGGCACCAGUGCCGCGAGGCGCUCCUCGAUGUCCAGACGUGGUUUGUUGCGGUGAUCCAGCUCUGCAGCAGCAUUCCCAACGGCGGAGUGCACAGCUUUGGAUCCAUCGUCAUCGAGGGCAUGGGCUUCGGCCAACUCACGACGUUGCUGCUCCAGAGCGCCAGCUACCUGGUCCAGCUGGUGCUCGUGCUCGUCGGCACGGCCGGCAGCACACGCUUUCGCAACACACGGACGUACUUUAUGACAGUCAACUUUGCCCUUGCCGUCGUCGGCGCCUCGCUGGUCCGACAGCGCCCGGCCGAGGACAAGUGGACGCGCUUCGCCGGGUACUGCGUGAGCAUGGCCUUCAGUGCCAACUUUCCCUUGGUCAUGUCCAUCAUGUCGGGCAACUUUGGGGGCUUCACCAAGAAGGUGACUGUCAAUGCCAUUUCCUUCAUCGCCUACUGCGCAGGCAACAUUGUCGGCCCGCAGCUCUUCAUGGCGCGCGAGGCGCCGUCUUACACGUCGGGCUUUCUCGCCAUGAUGGUCUGCUUCAGCCUCGGGUUCGUGACGUGCAUCGCGCUGCGGGUCUAUCUGUGGCGGGAGAAUCGGAGGCGGGAUCGUGUGUGCGGCGUCGCGGAGGAGGGCGGCGUCGAGGGCGGCGUCAUGGUGAAUCUGAUGGACAAGACGGACAAGCAGAUAGCGCAUCCCGACCACCUUCCCCACCCCGCCGCCGCCUUGCCUCGUUUCCAAACCCCGGCCAUUCUCGACGCCGUCGCCGCCGCUUCCGAUCCGACCAUGACGACGACGACGUUUCCUGCCGCCGCCGGCAGCUCGCUCGCCCAACUCCUCCCGCCUAGCUGGAAAUCGCAGGUGACGGCCUGGCUGGCCGAGGACACGCCGACCUUCGACUACGCCGGCUUCGUCGUCGGCGACGCCCCCCGAGUCGCCACGCUUUGGGCCAAGUCGGCCGGCAUCCUGGCCGGACGGCCGUUGGUGGACGAGGUCUUUGCGCAGUGCGGCUGCGUCGUCGAGUGGCGCCUCGACGAGGGCGCAGCCGUGGCGCCGGCAGACAAGCCCGUGGCCGUGGCGACGGUCCGCGGCCCCGCGCGCGGCCUGCUGCUGGGUGAGCGGGUGGCGCUCAAUGCGCUGGCCCGGUGCUCGGGCAUCGCCACCCGCAGCCGCGACCUCGUGGCCAAGCUGCGCGAGGCCGGCUACACGGGCAUCGUCGCCGGCACGCGCAAGACGACGCCGGGCUUCCGGUUGGUGGAAAAGUACGGCAUGCUGGUGGGCGGCGCCGACACCCACCGCAUGGACCUGAGCGUCAUGGUCAUGCUCAAGGACAACCACGUCUGGAGCCGCGGCAGCAUCACCGACGCCGUCGCCGCCGCAAAGGCCGUCGCCGGCUUCGGCCUCAAGAUCGAGGUCGAGGUCCAGUCCGAGGCCGAGGCCGACGAGGCCAUUGCCGCCGGCGCCGACGUGGUCAUGCUCGACAACUUUACCGGCGACGGCGUCCGCGUCGCUGCCCGCAACCUCAAGGAACGCUGGCGUGGCAAGAAGCACUUCUUGCUCGAGGUCUCUGGCGGCUUGAAGGCCGACAAUGUGGCACCGUAUGUGUGUCAUGAUGUGGACAUCAUCUCGACAAGCUCCAUACACCAGGGCGUUCCGCACGUAGACUUUUCCUUGAAAAUCGAACACUAG